AUGGCCCUUUCCAAGGCAGAGCUCGAACGCCAGAUGAUAGCAGAUCUUCGCAAGGACGCCGAGGCGCUCGAAGUACUUCUGGCAGGGGAGGAGGACUGCCUCCUGGAACUGGGCCGUGCCAAGCUGCUCCUCGCGCCGCCGCCCGCUGGCGUGCUCCUCAGGACAGAGGUGCCCGAGCGUCUCCGGCUCUGGCGGGAGCGGGAAUGGGAAGCCUUGCUCGUUCGGGCUGAAGCCCAGGCUCGGGAGCGCGCUCGGGGACGGGCCGGCCCCACGGCGCCGCAGCCGCAGCGAGGCCGGCGAGCGCGCAAGCUCGCGCGGGGCGGCGCCUACCGAAAGGGCAUGGCGGCGCUCACGGGCAGCUUGGCGCCGCUAACGCCAGACGAGCUCCGCCCGAGCAGCGGCGGGAAGAAAGGCCUCUGGCAGGAAGCGCUGGCGGGCGUCCGCUUCCCUCGCCUCAGCGGAGCUGGCCCGACCAGCGCUCGUCCCGAACACCUCCGGGAGGCGCUCCAGGGCCGCAGCAGGGCGGCGCAGAACAGGCAGCUCCGGGCAGUCGCGGAGCUCCGGCGCAGGGGCGCCCAAGGCACCCUGCCUGCAACAGCGCACUGGAUCACCGACUCGCGCGUGGUCUUCCUGCGUAAGCCAGGCACGGAUACCCCGCGCCCGAUCCACGUCGGUGAACUGCGGCGCCAGGUGGUAGCCGCGGGGAUGGCGGCUGACAGCAGAGUGCAUAUCCAGCGCCUUUUUUUCGAACACCGGCAGUGCGGGGUCGGCCUGCCGGGCGGCGCGGAGGUGCUGGUGCACGUGCGCCGGUGCUUGGAGGCGGGGGCGCCCCUGGGGGAGGCAGCUGGCAGGCUUGUGACCGCGCGCGGGGCGAAGCAAGGGGGCCCACUUGGCCCAGCGCGCUGCGGCCUCGUCUUGCUGGAGUGCCAGGCUGCAGGGCGUCGCGCCGUGGAGGCGGCUGGCGGGUGGGCGUGGAACGGCUGGUGCGUGGACGAUGGCCAGGUGCUGCUUCCACUGGCGCACGUGGCUGCCUACCUCGAGGCGUUCGACGCUGCUCUGGCCGCCCGCGGAGGCAGCCGGCUGGCCCCUGACGGGUCUUUCAAAAGCGUGGUGCGCCUGAUCGGCGGUGGCGCGACGGCUGGCCGAGUACCGCCGGACUGGGCAGACGGCGUCGUUGCGGCUACGUGCCGGCGCCCGCCGCCAGGGGGGCCGGCUGGCAGGGUCCUCGGCGUGGAAAUAGCCGGUGCCACGCUCCCGGAGCAGCUUGCGCAGGCCACGGCAGCGGUCGACUCCACCUGCGAGGCCUUGGCGCUGGUGGAGGACCCCCCGGCGGAGCUCGCUUUCCUCCGGACCUCGGCUAACGUGCGUCGGAUUGCCCACUUGCCGCGGGCGGCCGGGCCGGAGGCGGUGGAUCGGGCUACCUGCGCGGCCGCAGACGGGGGGCUCGGCCCCCGCCGGGCCGUCGACCCGCGCUACCCAGCGUUCCUCGCCAGCCGCGUGGAGGCGCGGGGGCUGGCAGAGGAGGUCCUGGACGCUAUGCCGGAGCCGUGGCGCGGGGCGCUGCUGGCGCACUGGGAUUCCACUUCGGCGGGCGCGCUGGCAGCAUGGCGGGCGGAGCUCCCGGCCUCGACUGCAGAGGUCGCCGCCCAGCACCUCCAGGCCGGAGCGACGGCGGCGCUGACGCGCGGGCAGCGCAGCUUGCGGGGCGGGCACAUGUACGACCCGAUUCGGCGAGAGAAACAGGGUGAGGCUUCGGAGUGGAUGCAGAAAUUCAGGGACGCACAACAGAUCGUGACAUUCGACCCCGUGAGCGGCACGGCCCAGAGGACGAAACCUGGCGAGCGCAUCCCAGAAACCUCCAGUGACAUCUUCGACUCUUCCGACGGGGCCCCAAUGAGCCUCAUGCGGGCGCGCUUCAGCAGCGACGGCAGCGUGCACAUCAUGCGGAACUUGACGAAGUCUGAGUUUGAUAACAGGAGCAGCGGCGGCGACGGCAAGGCGAGCAAUAUCAAGUUCACAUGCAUCAGAGACCACGACGUUAUCCGAGUCGAGGUAAAGGACCUGGACCCAGGCAACCGAGGAGUUGUCAUGAAAUGCAACGGCAGCCAACGCAUCCAGAUGGCCUUCAAACACAUGCCUGAGUGCGAGGCCAUCCCGUGGUUGAUUAAGCAGGCCGAGUCGUAUGCGAUGGGGGAGCAGACGAUCGAGGACAUCAAACGGGCCAAGAAGGAUAUCGACAGCGCUCGCACGGCUGUCACAAAGAAACCAGCAGCAUCGGAUGGUUCGCUGAUCAAGAGGCCCGCUGCUGCAGGAAAGGUCGGCGAGGCUGAGCAGCCGCGCGAGUCGGAGACCGUCGUGCAGGCCACUGGCGCAGCGCCACCCGCUGCGGUCGAGGUGAUCGAGACAAUCGAGCCGCCAGGUGGAGACGGCUCCCAGGCGCUCGAGCCGCCGCCCAACUCCUUGCUCGAUGCGCUGCAGGGUCGAGGCGCCGAGAUCCCCGUCGUGGAUUUGAUCGACGACGAGUCCCAGGGAAGCAACGCCCUCCUUGGCGCGGCACACCCCGACGUCGACGCCAUGUUCGCUGUUCAGAGCACCGAGAACGGCUCGAAGCAUGGCGGCAGAGAGCAGUCGCGGUCGCGUUCGCGGACGCCGCGAUCGACGGCGAUUGAUGAUACAGAGCGGCAGUUGGACUCGGUGGGGGAUCCAGAGCAGCAGGUGGACUCGGAGGUCGUUCCAGAGCAGCAGGUGGACUCGGAGGUCGUUCCAGAGCAGCAGGUGAGCGCGGGGGUCGCUCCAGAGCAGCAGGCAGGCGCAGAGGUCCCAGAGAAGCACGUGCUCGCAGGGGUCGCUGACGGAUCCCCAGCAGAGCUUGCUGGCGGCUCCGAGGGCGCAGCAGGUGGAGUUCCAGCGCAGGCUGACGCAGCAGGAGUGCCGCGGAAGGAGGCAAAGGAGGCAGAGGAGACAGAGGAGGCGGGCAGCGCCGCGGCGAAGGAGGAGACGACAGGAGAGCUCGCAGUGGAGCAGCCCGAGGCGUCAGCCAGGAAGAAGAAACGCAGGACGAGGAGCAGAAAGGCACCAGGAGAUCUCGUGGAAGAGCAGCCAGCCGCCGCUGGCGAUGGAGGUCUGCCAACCGACGACGCGCCAGUCCAGAAGAAGAAACGGAAGAGGAGGGGCAAGGCCGCCAAAGUGGCCAAGGCGGCCAACGCGGCCAAGGCUGCCAAGGAUGAGGAGGAGCGGGGCGAGGAUGGAGUCUGGAACGAGAACUGGGACGGUGAUCAGGUCUGGUAUGACGCUUGGAAAGACGAGACCGAGUGGCACGGCGAGGACGAGCCCGAGGCAGACGGCGCCACUGGAGAGCUUGAAGAGCCAGCCAAGAAGUCCAAGCGCCAGCGCAAGCACCGCUCUAAGGCCACGACUACCCCGCGUACAGUGACCGCUGAUGAGGAAGGGGGUGCGUUUGGUAGCCACCCGACGCCAGAGGGAACGGCUGAUGGCGGAGCUACAUCGAGCGCAGCUUGCACGCCUGUGGCGAGGCCUGCUUCGAGCGCUGCUGUCACGCCGCCCAAGACCAUCGCUGACUUGACGAUGCAGACUGCGAAGGAUCGGCUCAGUCAACUGCCCGCGGAGCACGGCUUCAAGCCAGCCGUCGCGUCCGGGGUCGAGAGCGGCAAGGGCGUCAAGGCGGCGGAGGGCAGGCAGGCCCGCAGGAACUCGUCUGGCGACAAGGAGCUGAUCGAUGCAGUGGAGAACAACAACGGGCUCUUCAACGCCAGGAGCAUGGUCGGCUGGAGGUUUUCCCGCGCCCUCAAGAAGGACAAGAAACUUCAACGUGAUCUGGCACGCGCCGCAGAUCCCGACACGGCCAAGGCGGAGUGGGCGAAGAAGAUGUACAAGGGCGCCGUGGCCCGAUACAGGACGCACUGCACGUCGCACGCCGACGAGUGGCUGAAGAGCGGCAAGUUGCGCUCGUUCUUGAAGCUCUGCGAGCGCGAGGGAGGCCCGACAGGGCAUCGCGAUCCAGAGACCCUGCGCAACAUGAGCAUCCACUGCAUGCGCUGCGUGGAGCUCGGGUUUCCGUUCCUGCAGCGCGACCCGAUCCACGGCGGGAUCAAAUUCAUGCACUUCGAGAUCGAGUACAACGAGCGCUUUGCGAAGCGCUGGCAGGAAUUCCAGAGGCAGAACGCCACCGUCGAGCAGGACAUCCAGUCGAAGAUCAGCCUGGUGCAGGACGCAGUGGUCAGAGGCGCGCCGCUGCAGCUGGGCGUGGCGACGGCGAGCUCGGCGGCACAGCCCGAGCAGACCGAGAAGGAGCAGGUGCCUUCGAAGCGCAGGAAGCGCUCCGCUGUGCAGCAGCCUGAGCCCACGGAGCCGCCUGCUGCGCCCGCGCCGAGUCCGCCUGCGACCCAGCCGAGUACGCCUGCGGAGCAGAAGAAGCCCAAGGAGCGCUCGCUUGCCCAGACCAAGCUGGCCGAAGCACGGCGCGCAAUUGCUGCCCUUCAGUCUGGCUGCUCGCAGGCAGUUUCGCUCCUGGCCACGAUCGACAGCGAGCCAGAGUGGGCGUGGGCCAGGACAAACGAGGUGCGCGGGCGCAUCAGUCAGCUCAAGGAGGGCUUGGAAUGCCAGGCGAAGAGCACCAGUUUGGGCAAGGCGCUGAUGAACGGCGCGAAGACGGCCGAGAUCGUGAAGACUAUCGCCUCCGACGACGCGAUCAUCCAGCAGGCUUCCUUGAUCGACGCUGGCUGCAAGGCUGACGUCAACGCUCUGUGCGAUGCCCUGACGAACACCCUGGCGAGCCACACGAGCCUCACCAAGGCAUCAGGUGGUGGCAAGGCCGCCAAGACCAAGAAGCCCAAAGAGUACCGCGCUCAGUUGAGCAAGCGAGAGUUCGCACCCUCGUGGAAGCGGCACCCUAUUGUACGAGCUGGCGAGGCAGCUGGGUGGAUCUCAGCGCAGCUUGCGCGGUGGUACGGGGCGCAGAAGAAGCUCGGCCAUCGCCCGAGCGAGGUUGGCAAUCUGCAAUAUCAGAUGUUUGGAUCCCAGGCGAAGCCCGCAGUAAAAACAAAGGGACGGUCCGAACUGAACCCCGUGGUGGGCGGCCACGUGGCGCCGAAGGCGCUUGCGCCGACGGGCGAGCUGCGCCAGUCGGUGACUGUACUUUUCGGCAUGAGCCAGCACCAGGGCUCGAGCAGCUUCCCUAACGCCGCCCAGGCGCGCCUGGCUGACCUUGUGUCCCGCCACCGCCUCGAGGCCGUGGAGGGCGCGCUGCUGCGGCGGCGCGACGUGGCAGGCCUGGAGCUCCUCCGCGACCUCCGAGCCCCAGGCACCGACCACGGUUGGCUUUGGGAGCUCUCCGGGGCGCUGGCGCUUCUCCCAGAGGAGUUCCUGAUCGCGGCGCGCCUGCGCGUUGGCGCCCCGGUCUACGCGACCCCUGGCGCGUGCUCCCGGUGCGGCGCGGAGCGGGGCAUCGACGGGGCGCGCGCCGCGCGUUGUGCCCCGGGGGAGUCCACGCGCGGCCGCAACAGAGUGCGGGACGAACUCCUGGCGCUGGCCCCCCUGUCCGACGGGGCCGCUCGGUCGGAGGCGCCGGGCCUCAUCGAGGCCGCGCCGCUUCUCCGCCCGGCCGACGUGCUCACCGCGGCUGCCUUCGGCCGGCUGACGGCGCUCGACGUGGGCAUCGUGGCGCCGCGCGCGGCCGGGGCCGGCGAGGAUGCUGCCGCCGCCCGCGUGGUCAGCAAGGUCGGCAAGUACGCGCCGCACCUGCCGGCGCUGGCGGCCGACGGGAUCGCUUACCGGCCGCUCGUCUGGACAACGCGGGGCCGCCCGCGCGAGGAUGCGUCGGCCGCGGUCGCGCCCAUGGCAGCCGCAGCGACGAGGCGCCUGGGCGCGCCCUCGCACGCGCUCGCGGCGCGGGCCCGCGCCGCCAUCGGCGCCGCGAUCUGGCACCGAGCAGCGCGCAUGGUCGGCGCAUGCGGCCCGCGGCUCGCCCGAGGGGAUGUCGGUGCCCUCCUGCCGGGGGCCGGGGCCGCCGGUGCAGGAGGCGAGGCGCUGGCGGGGGCGCUGGCUGGCGUGGCGGGCGAAGCGGACGCCGUCGCCGGCCUGGCUGGCACUGGCGGGCCCGCGGGGCCGGCGGGCCAGGUCGGCGCAGCCCUCCUGGGGGUCGGCGCAGCCGCGGGCGUCGCCGAGCUCGUGGCCGCGUUCGAGUCCAUUGCGGGCGCGGUCGGCCCCGGGGGAGCCGGCGCGCCUGGCCCUGGCGACGCCGGAGGCGCUGCGGCGGAGGCUGCCGGCGAUGCGGGCUGCAGCGCCGCCGCGGGGGCCGCCGGCGAGCCGGCGGGCGGGGGCGCCCGGGGCCCGGCCUGGUUUGCCGGCCUCCGACUGGCGCACGGGCGCGGCCCCCCGGUUCCCUCGUGGGUGAUCGUCUGCGCGUGGUGCACGGUGGACCCCUGGUGGCGGGGGCUGCUGCGCGGCGGCGGUGACGGGGGCCCCCCUGGACAGCCGCCUGCGGCGGCCCUGCAGGCCGAGGCGGCCUCGCGCGAGGCUGAGCGGGCAACACUCACUGACGUCUCGAGGCUGCACGCGGAGGUCCGCGCCCAACGCUCGGACGCGGGCUCGUUCUAUGUGCAUUCGAUCGGACUGGUGUUGACGGGCAUCCUCGCCCAGAUUGUCAUCGUCUAUAGUCACUGUCGCGUUUGA